ACAAAGGGCGAAGCAGACAUGCGCGGUGCGCGCCAAGCGGAGGCCCUUUCCUGUCUGAGCGAGGCGAGCAGAGACACCGUGGAGACAAGUAGAAUGACAGAGUGGGAGACCGCGCCAGCUGUGGCUGAGACCCCCGAGAUCAAGCUGUUCGGGAAGUGGAGCACGGAUGAUGUUCAGAUCAAUGACAUCUCCCUCCAGGACUACAUUGCUGUGAAGGAGAAGUACGCCAAGUACCUCCCCCACUCCGGAGGGCGCUAUGCUGCCAAGCGCUUCCGUAAAGCUCAGUGCCCCAUCGUGGAGCGCUUGACCAACUCCAUGAUGAUGCAUGGACGCAACAAUGGCAAAAAGCUGAUGACCGUGCGCAUCGUGAAGCAUGCUUUCGAAAUCAUCCACCUGCUGACCGGCGAGAACCCUCUGCAGGUUCUGGUGAACGCCAUCAUCAACAGCGGCCCCCGUGAAGACUCUACCCGUAUCGGCCGUGCUGGUACAGUCAGGAGACAGGCUGUGGACGUGUCUCCUCUCCGCCGGGUCAACCAGGCUAUCUGGCUGCUGUGCACAGGAGCGAGAGAGGCCGCUUUCAGGAACAUUAAAACCAUCGCUGAGUGUUUGGCUGAUGAGCUCAUCAACGCUGCCAAGGGUUCGUCAAACUCCUACGCCAUCAAGAAGAAGGACGAGCUGGAGAGAGUGGCCAAGUCCAACCGUUAAAAUGCCUGUUGGUUUCUAUGAAAAGAAGAAAUAAAUUUGAAGAAAUUUCAAA